AUGGUCAAUGUUGGAGUUCUAGAAGCAAUAAAUGGCGACUGGACACGGGUGGUGAAUCAUGCACUUGGUGGCAGUUAUCAAGCAAGAGUUGGUCCCAUGCUUGGUGUCAGGCAGGCUCCUCUGAAUAUUUCAGUCUUCAACAAUCCAUCACCAGUCUUCAACAAUCCCUCACCAGUCUUCAACAAUCCAUCACCAGUCUUCAACAAUCCCUCACCAGUCUUCAACAAUCCCUCACCAGUCUUCAACAAUCCAUCACCAGUCUUCAACAAUCCCUCACCAGUCUUCAACAAUCCCUCACCAGUCUUCAACAAUCCCUCACCAGUCUUCAACAAUCCCUCACCAGUCUUCAACAAUCCCUCACCAGUCUUCAACAAUCCCUCACCAGUCUUCAACAAUCCCUCACCAGUCUUCAACAAUCCAUCCCCAGUCUUCAACAAUCCCUCACCAGUCUUCAACAAUCCCUCACCAGUCUUCAACAAUCCAUCACCAGUCUUCAACAAUCCCUCACCAGUCAUCAACAAUCCCUCACCAGUCUUCAACAAUCCCUCACCAGUCUUCAACAAUCCAUCCCCAGUCUUCAACAAUCCAUCACCAGUCUUCAACAAUCCAUCACCAGUCUUCAACAAUCCCUCACCAGUCUUCAACAAUCCAUCACCAGUCUUCAACAAUCCCUCACCAGUCAUCAACAAUCCCUCACCAGUCUUCAACAAUCCCACACCAGUCUUCAACAAUCCCUCACCAGUCUUCAACAAUCCCUCACCAGUCUUCAACAAUCCCUCACCAGUCUUCAACAAUCCCUCACCAGUCUUCAACAAUCCCUCACCAGUCUUCAACAAUCCCUCACCAGUCUUCAACAAUCCAUCCCCAGUCUUCAACAAUCCAUCACCAGUCUUCAACAAUCCAUCACCAGUCUUCAACAAUCCCUCACCAGUCUUCAACAAUCCAUCACCAGUCUUCAACAAUCCCUCACCAGUCUUCAACAAUCCCACACCAGUCUUCAACAAUCCCUCACCAGUCUUCAACAAUCCCUCACCAGUCUUCAACAAUCCCUCACCAGUCUUCAACAAUCCCUCACCAGUCUUCAACAAUCCCUCACCAGUCUUCAACAAUCCCUCACCAGUCUUCAACAAUCCCUCACCAGUCUUCAACAAUCCAUCACCAGUCUUCAACAAUCCCUCACCAGUCUUCAACAAUCCCUCACCAGUCUUCAACAAUCCAUCACCAGUCUUCAACAAUCCCUCACCAGUCUUCAACAAUCCAUCAUCAGUCUUCAACAAUCCCUCACCAGUCUUCAACAAUCCCUCACCAGUCUUCAACAAUCCCUCACCAGUCUUCAACAAUCCAUCACCAGUCUUCAACAAUCGCCAGGCAUUAUCAUUAAAGACACUGGUUGUGUCAUGUUGCCUACGAGAGGUAAUUAAGGGUCUAAAUUAUCACCUUAUGAAGGUAUCAGAUAUUGACGUAUUGCUUUACUCAAUACGUAAUUGUUUUACUGAUUAA